AUGAGGCCCUCGAGCUCGUCCCAUUCACCUCGAGCGAAUCUGCACAGACCGACUCUGCCCAAUCCAGAGUCGACCAUCUCGCCCCCAUCCUCGUUCCCAGCCGUCGUGCCUCCUUUGCCUUUGUCGAGCGUCUCUGCAUGGCCCGAGCCGACUCCGACGACAGCGUCCGCCACCCCCCCGACGACGGCCGACUUUGACCGACGCAGCCAUCACCCGCCGCCUUUCCCUGGCCACGGCGCUCCGCGCGGGUCCGACGACCCGUUCCCCGCGCGCCCGCUGCGCCAGUCGCUGCUCGUCGUCCAACCCAAUGCACGCGACGCGAGCGCCCGCGGCACGACCCACUCGUCGUGCGAAGGCGUCUUGCGGUCGGACCAGCCGCUCUGGAUCGAGAUGAAGCGCCGGCACUACGCGAGCAUCGAGAGCCUGCGCGGCACACUGCCGCGCUACUGGCACUGGAUCCAGGUCCUGGACAACUCGUUCUUCGCGCGGCAGCUGUUGCGCGCGGGGAUGGUCCUCUCGGCUGCGCUCAUCGCCGGCUGCCUCUUCUUCAGCGCGUUCGUCCAGCCCUGGCUCGACGACAACCGCGACGCCGACGACUUUGACGACUGCAACACCGUCGCCUCGUUCGCGUACCUCAUCUUCAAGACGCUGCCCGCGACCAUUGCACUGACGCUGCCGGGCUCUGGUUUGCGGCUCUUUAAGCCGUUCGAGCGCGAGGACGCCGAGCCCCACGGCCUCUCGACUGCCGCCAGUCAGUCAGAGAGCACGACCAGUACCCCACUCGAUCCCGACGACACGCGCGACACUAUGCGCGUGGCGACGAUCCGCCGCGGAGUCGUCUUCCAGCUCUGCGAAGUGCUGGCCGUGUUGCUCCUCUUUGGCCACGCGGCCCUCGGGCUCUACUUCCUCUACGUGCUCUCGAGCGGUGCGCUCGACUCGUGCUCGAGCGUCGCCACGCAGGCGUUCGCGCUCGGCGCGGCGGCCAGCGCCACCGGUCUCUUCACAGUGCUCGGCGCCUUUGCGCGCUACCGCGAGCACGUCAAGAUGCAGCUCGGGGCGUUCACCGAGAACGACCAGACGGGCGCGCGCCGCCGCGGCACCGACCGCCUGCAGCGGCCCGAGACGCUCGACACGGCCGCGAAGCGCAUUGCCGUCGUGCGCACGCGGCUGUACGAGGCCACGCGACGGGGCGACCUGCGCGAGAUGCGUGAGCUGCUCGCGCACGCAGCGGCCACCGGCCUCACGCACCGCGCGGUCGGCUUCCCGCAGCAGUGCUACGCGGCGCCGGCGCUCCGGUGGCAGUUCUUUGCGCGGUCGACGGCCAAUCCCGUGCACGUGGCCGCGAGUCUCGGGAACCUGCGGGCGCUCGAGCUCUUGGCCGCCUACGGCUUCGACCUCACGGCGCUGGACAAAGCGCAGCGCGUGGUGCUCUCGACCGGCGGUCUCUUUUGGCAGUUCCUGCGCGUGCUCGUGCAGCGGCCCGCCGGGAGCGACGCCGAGUCGGCCGAGUCCAUCUUCCACACGACCCUCGUGACGCCGCUGCACUGUGCCGUGGCCACGGGGCAACUGGCCACCGUGCGGUGGCUGCUCGAGCGCGGCGUGCCGCCCGGGACGCUCUCGCAGGCGUCGUUCCGGUCGAAGCGCAUUCCGCCGCUGUUUCUGGCCGAACACGCCGAGAUCGCGCGCGAGCUGCUGCUGCACGGGGCCGACCCGCUCGUGAUCCCCGACCCCGGCCACAUGAACACGAUCACACCCGUGCAACUCGCCUUUAUGCGCGGCAACUUUGCCGUCGCGCGGGAGCUCGAAGAGUGGGGCGGCGACGUCGCGCUCACGCCGUUCCACUUGGCGGCCGCGCGCAACGACGUGGCGGCCGUGCGGCGCUUUGUCGCGUGGAAGACGGACGUGAAUUGCCUGGGCGAGAUGGGGUACGUCGGACUCAAUCGGCGCACGCCGCUGCACUGGGCCGCGAUCAGUGGCGCCACGGGGGCCGUCGAGGCCCUGUUGGCAGGACGCGCCGACCCGAAUUUCCAGGACGUGCGCGGUCGCUCGCCACUGCACUGGGCAGCGCAGCUGAACAAGCUCGACGUGGUGCGGUCGCUGCUGCGUGCGAAGGCCGAUCCGAAUUUACUCGACGGGGACUUGAAGACACCGCUCAUGUGCGCCGCGUCGGCACGCAAUGUCUCGCGCGAACUCUUUCGGGAGCUAACAAGUGCAGGGGGCGACAUUGGCUACCAGCUGCCAACCACAGGGGAUACGGUGCUGCACGUUGCGGUUCGAGAGGAGAACGAGGCGUCGGCUCUAGCAGCGUUGGCCUGUGGAGCCGACCUGAUGCGCAUGAACAAGGAAGGCCUGCGCCCGCUCGAUUGCACGCUCUCCACGCGACUGCUCUUUGGGCUCAAGCGCGCUGCAGGUCAGCGGGACGUCAUGAUCAGCUACACGCACUCGCACCAAGAGUUUGCUCUGAAGCUGAGGCAGUCGCUGGAAGAAGCCAAUGUCACGACGUGGUUGGAUCUCAUGGACCCGAGUGGUAUUGGCGGCGGUGCGGUUUGGCGUGAGGAGAUAGCACGUGGCAUCACGAAUGCGUCAGUAGUGCUCUGUAUUCUCACGGAGGACUAUGCAGCAUCGGAAUGGUGUCUGAAGGAGCUAGCACUGGCCAAGCAAGUGGGCACGCCGAUUUUGGCCGUCUCGACCGAAGGGGCCAGCAUUGACGAGGAUUUGCAAGUGUAUCUGUACACGCGUCAGAUCGUCCCGUUCGAGCCUGCGAUCACUGGUGUCCGAUGCGAUGAAGGUCGAGUGGAGUACGAUUACGACGACAGUCGAUACCGAUUCCAGUUCCACCUGUUGCUGGAUGGUGUGCGGGACGAGGUGGAAAAGCAUCGCUACGUCACUCGACGGAAAAACGUGGCUAGUCGUCGCCGACCUGACCUUGGCAUGGAAUAUGAGAGUAGCAGCAAUCGAGGCACGAUGCUUCAGACAUUCAGUGCCACGCAACUAUCGCAAGGGACUGAUUCGUGCAGCCUUACGACGCCCUCCGUGUCGUAUGGACGGCGAUUUGUCUUUCUUUCCCACGGUGACAAACACGCGCCUUUCGUGCGUCAAUUGGCAUCACAGCUCACGGAUGGAGGCAUUGCGUGCUACAGUGACCAAAACCGCAGUGGACAGGACUUUAACACGAGGAUCCAGGGGGCCCAAGAGGCGAUCAUGCACUGUUCGUGCUUUAUCGUUCUAGUGUCGAGACAGACAAUCGGCAAUGAGCUCGUGCGCGAUCAACUAGCCUUUGCAGAAGACAAAGGAAGACCGAUCUUUCCAGUGGUCCUGAAUGACCUGGAGCCGGGCCUGGACAAGCUGUACACGCUCGUACGCAGUGAGCUUUUCCACUUUAUGGCGAAUGGAGCAGGGUUCAACGCUAGCUGUAGCAAGUUGAUGAGUGAUCUGCGUCAAUACUGCGACGUUGUUGAAGCCGUUGGAUCGUUUGGAGGCAGUGAAUCAGAAGAAGUUCGGAACUUGUGGACUCCGUUGAAGAGCUCUCGGAAGACCUAG